CUUAUUUGCCCCACUGUAAAUCUAGAUUGAAAUCCUCAUUUAAAACCCUAACCCUAGUUUGAAACCCUAAUUGCUAAUCCUAGGCUGUGUUUUUAAACCCUACUUUGAAAGCCUAACCCUUGUGUAAAACCCUAAUUUGAAACCCUAACCCUAGGUUAAAAUUCUCUAUUAAACCUUAAUUAUCAACCCAAUGUUUUAAACCCUACUUUGAAACACUAACCCUAGUUUGAAACCCUAAACUGGGGUUUUAACCCUAAUUUGAUACCAUACCCCUUGUGUAAAAUGCUAAUUUGAAACUUUAACACGAGUUUGAAAACCUGAUUUGGAGUACUCGUACCACAAUUUUGUUUUUUAGAAAAUGGAAAAAAAAAAAAAAAACAAUGUAUCAUAGACACACAUCAACAUACGAAAGUGCUGACAUGACUACAAAAUGUUUUCUGUGCCAGGAACUGUCAGUGGAACAUUUCAUAUCAUCAACAUCAGUUUCUAUUGAGUACUAGGUGACAUACACCUGAUUAGCAUAUCACUCGUGUAAAGUUUCUGCAAGUUCAAAGCCCAGCCCUUUCCACGUGAGGGUAUUUUUCCUCUCCCACUCUCAUGAGCAGUGCUUAAAACGCCCCCCUUGGGCUGGAUGUCAUGAAUUACUGUAGCUGAAAGUUCCAAAACAAUAAUAACAUGGGCAGUGAUUUAAAAAAAGAUCACUCUGGUAGUUUUAAUUUUGUAGCAUAUUUAUACUAUCAGACUGAGCAGUUGGUUAUGGUCACCAUAAUCUGACAAAGGGUCCUUUGUUGCAUAUAUUACAUAUACUGUAUUACAUCCACUGUAGAUUACUUGACAUUUAAUAGACAAUGGAGUUGAUGAAUCACUUAUGAUUAUAUACGUAACCGCAACGCACUUGUUUGUUGUUUUGGAACUUCAAGGCUUUACUGGUGAUGAUGUCGGGUCUUGUGAAAGACUGCGGGUCGACAGUGACGGAGGACACAUGAGGGUGACAGAUUUGUGAAACUGAGGUGUGAACGCUAAGUUAUGUUUCUCUUCUACUGUGGAUUUCAGACAGAGAGCGAGAGAAAAUCCGUGGGUGGAAAGGGUCGUUAUGAAGUACAAGAGAUUUUUGCAGAAUUCAAAUCCCAGGUUGUUCUUCCCUGUGACUGCCACGCGUGGUCAUCACUCUCCAUCACCUGGACCAAAGAUGAUCAAGGCACCGUGUGGAGACAGGAAAGAAGCGGCUUGCAGUUUUGGGGCUUCAGAUGGCUGCAGAGAGGUCAGCAGCGUGUCCGAUGCCCCCGCUGCCAGCUACCGGGAGGUGACUGCAGCUUACUAAUGAGCAAUGUCAGAGAGCAUGACGACGGCGUCUACACGUGCAAGUUUAAGAGCGGGGGACAGUUUUUCUCGCGCUCUCUCAGACUGAGGGUCAUCAAAGGAAUCGUCCACCCAUCCAGAGACAAUACAAAGGUCUAUGCAGCUGUGGGAUCAGCAGCCACGCUCCCCUGUGUGUUCUCUCCGGGUUUUAACCCCUCUGAACCCACCUGGCAGAAACUGAAGCCUGGCUCUGCGGUCCAGUUCCUCCCUUCCUCUGAUUCAUCUUCUCAGCCUAUUCUGGAUAAGUCAGCCAACUUAAAAGACAUCAGCCUCGAAGAUGAGGGGACAUAUAGAUGUUCCGGGUUAGUUGAAGGACAAAACCUGUCUCGGAAAGUACAGCUCGUCGUGGCUAGAAUUGACCGAAACAUCGAACCUUCAAAGAAAUCGCACACGCUGACCUGUCAGCUGACAGACACAAGCGAGGUCACCCACUACCAGUGGGUUCGCGUUAGAUACGACUUAAGUGGCACCCAGUUGGUGAAGUCUAUUCAGGAGGGAAAGACUCUACAAUUGAGCGAAGCGGCUCUUCAGGAUGGGGGCGAAUUGGUGUGUCAGUUUUACAGCAUGGAAGGACUAGUAGGAAACGUAACAUUAUGCAUUACGCCUCAAUCAGAUGAUGUUGUUGAUGAUGAUGUGAGUGACUCAGCAGGCUCGUCGUAUAUCACUCCUGUUGCACUUAGUGCUAGUGCUCUGCUGGUUCUUCUGCUUUUGUUUUUGGCUCAGACAUACAAAAAUCAUCAGAGGAGAAAAAGAAUCCUUCAGUUCAUCACACUGGAAUCUAUUCUCUUCAUGAAGACUAGUGAACGUGAGGCAAGAGAACACAAUCAAAUGAAGAAAGGAAACCCUUAAGACCCGCACAACUUUUUUUUUUUUUUUUUUUAACCUUUUCACAUUUUAAAUAUCUAUAAUUUGUUACAUAGUUAAAAAAGUUUUGCGUUGGGAUGAUGUGACUCAUUUAAAAAAAAAACUAUAUUUACAAAAUGACAAGACAUACCAAUUUAAAUAAGUUAAAUGAAUUUACACCCAAAACUGCUUCAAAAAGUAAACCUAAUGGGAAAAAGUGAAGUUAUGUCUUGUAACAAGUGGUGCUUUUGGCAAACCGCUCACACUUCACUCCAAUAGUUGUCUUCCUGCUCGGAAAGAUUCCCCAUUGUCAAAGACUGUUCAAUGCCGUCCAGUAGACCUUUAGUCUCUGGUUUCACACAAUCCGUCAACUCUUCGUCCUGUAAACACCAGCCGGGCCAGUCCACGUUGAUGCCAUUUGUAAACAGAGGACUGACAUGACAAACACAGAGAAGGACAGCAUUAAACAUCCUGUAGUGAUAUAUGUGUCAUUUUAGAGUUCAAGGAAAUUUUAAAUUCUUUUACAUUACAAAUAUGUAUAUACGUAUAUAUAUACAGUGGGGCAAAUAAGUAU